AUGGCAUCUCUGCCUCGGUCUGGGCCAAUUCCUGACACCCCGAAUCCUGUAGCAAAACAGAUCCCUCUUCUCUGCAGCGUUUGCCCCGAAACGCCAAAUUUCUCCGAUGUGUCUCAUCUUCUCACGCAUAUUGCGUCCAAAGGCCAUCUCCACCACGAGACGCAAACAAAACUAAAGGCCCACCAGGAUCUUGUCUCCUCGAUUGCUUUGCAGCAAUAUGAGCAGUGGUACAGAGAGAACAACAUCGAGCGUUUGCUAGUCGACCGAAUGAAAGCGAAGCAAGUCAAAGAGGCUGCUAGAAACAAACGAAAUAGGGCUUCUUCUGCCACGUCUAUUCCAAAGUUUGUACAGGGCAAUAGAAAACAACCCAGAAGAUCCACGAGCAACAAUACUGUCAUUAAAACCGAGGAGGGGCUUGUCCCGGACUUCCCAGGCUUAGCUGGCUUUUUUGCAUCCGACAACGAGAUCGAAGCACCUGAAGAGUUGGCUGCCCUGGGGGAUAUGAUAUCCAUGAAAGGUCAAGUUUGGCCUGGGAUGGGAAAAAUGGAUUUGGCAACAGAAGAGAUGAAGCGUACCCGGAACCAGAGAAAGCCAAAAUCUGUUGUCGAGAAAAUGCGACGCACCUCGGAGGAAAUCGAACCUACGCAAGUGGUAAUGACAUCUCAAUUUAAUGUUGAGAGAGUUAAAGGCGUAUACGAUGACGAUUCUCCUGUUUCUGACCAAGAUGUAGCGUCUCCGCCUCGGAGGAUUACAAGGAAGCGACGCAAAGAAACUCAGCCCUUAGCGGAGAUAUCCUCCAACAUCCCAAGAGGAAGCAGUGGCCGCACCUCGCGCCCCAACGGAACUAAGAAGCCGGCUAAGCUGGAGCCUCUGCUCAAUAAUGAAAGCAUUGUGGACAUGCCGUCUGCCAUCGGCGCUCCCCGAAGUCAAACUGACAUAUUUCACGAUGAGAACAGGAUUGCAAUCGGUUCGAAUGAAGUUUACCCUUCGUCCUCGACACAGCGAGACUCUAGGUUGGCCUUCUCUACUGGGUUUGAUCUUCGAGGCCAUGCAGGGCUCCAGAGCAUGCUUCAGAAUUCGCAUUCAGGGUUAUCCCCUCACACUUCCACAAGAGACCUGCAUACACCUGUUGGAUCCCAAAGAACCUCCUCCCAGGUCAGACUGUCGAUGCAUCCAUAUCUCACUAAUGGAAGUCAGUUUACUCUAGGGUCAUUUGGUCAUCAAGAUCCCUCCUAUGCACUGGGUGACAGUUCUCUAUACCAAACCCCUUCCCAGCUUUCUUUCAUGCCGGGUCUUCAUUAUGACCUCCUUGGGCAGGAUAGUCACAGAUUUUCCUCAAGCCAUCAUCAGACCGUGCCCAAGUCUGAGGAUUUCUCACAGAAUGAUACUGAUGACCCUCUCGGAUCCUCCGUCUCAAACGUCUUUCUUAAUUUUGGCAGUGGCAAUUCGAACGCGCUUUUUGGCAACGACCGCUUGUUUUUUAAUUCGUAUACUCCGCCAGCUACUAAUCCACCAUUUACAUCUAUCGGGCACAACGCAGCGACCAUUGAUAGAGAAGUUGGUUACUCCACGAGUACGGAGGAACUACUGCAAACAAGCGCAACCUCACCCGUGAAGAUAGAGCCCCAGCCAAACGGGCUGCUCGAGCAUGACAACGCAGGUCUACCAGAAGCCAAUGAAACCAUAUUUGACCCCAAGAACGUUUGGCGUCUCCAUGACCCGGAAAAUACUUUGGACAUUCCCGAUGCCCUCCGGUCGGAAGGGCUAGAUCUUUAA